AGAAGAACCUCCCAGCCAGAGAAAGUAUCUGACUCAUAGCAACACUGAGACUUCAGCUAACGUACUGGAAGAAGACUCAAUGGAGCAGGACAUAGAAAGCCCUGUCACUAUUCAUCAGCCAAAGUUGCCCAAACAAGCUAGAGAGGAUCUGCCAAAAAAUAUAAACAAAGAAUGUGCCAAGAGAAAAAUCCAGAGGUAUGUUAGGAAGGAUGGGAAAUGCAACGUCCAUCAUGGGAAUGUCAGAGAGACUUACCGUUACUUGACUGACAUCUUCACUACUUUAGUCGAUCUCAAGUGGAGGUUCAACCUGUUGAUUUUUGUCAUGGUUUACACUGUGACCUGGCUCUUCUUUGGAAUGAUCUGGUGGCUAAUUGCCUACAUGCGAGGAGAUAUGGAUCAUAUAGGGGACAGCACAUGGACCCCAUGUGUCAGCAACCUCAAUGGGUUUGUCUCAGCCUUUUUAUUCUCAAUCGAGACAGAAACAACCAUUGGGUAUGGUUACCGGGUCAUCACGGACAAGUGUCCCGAGGGAAUUAUUCUGCUUUUAGUUCAGUCUGUUUUAGGUUCUAUCGUCAACGCUUUCAUGGUUGGCUGCAUGUUUGUGAAAAUAUCCCAACCCAAGAAGAGGGCAGAAACCUUGGUUUUUUCUACAAACGCAGUUAUUUCCAUGCGGGAUGGAAAACUGUGUCUGAUGUUCCGAGUAGGAGACCUUAGGAAUUCACAUAUUGUAGAGGCAUCAAUACGAGCCAAGUUGAUCAAAUCCAAACAGACAAAGGAGGGGGAAUUUAUACCACUCAACCAGACAGAUAUCAACGUAGGUUAUUACACAGGGGAUGAUCGUCUCUUUUUGGUUUCACCACUGAUCAUCAGCCAUGAAAUUAACCAGCAGAGUCCUUUCUGGGAGAUUUCCAAAGCCCAGUUGCCCAAAGAGGAGCUAGAAAUUGUUGUAAUCCUAGAAGGAAUGGUGGAGGCAACAGGAAUGACGUGCCAAGCUCGAAGUUCUUAUGUGACCAGUGAGAUCCUGUGGGGUUAUCGCUUCACCCCUGUCCUCACUCUGGAGGAUGGAUUUUAUGAGGUUGACUACAACAGCUUUCAUGAAACGUAUGAGACCAACACACCAGUUUACAGUGCCAAAGAACUGGCAGAGAUGGCCAGCCGAGCAGAACUGCCCCUGACGUGGUCUGUUUCCAGCAAGUUAGACCAGCAUGCUGAACUGGAGACUGAAGAGGAGGAAAAGAACCAGGAAGACCAAAACGAAAGAAAUGGUGAUGUGGCAAACUUAGAGAAUGAGUCCAAAGUUUAGAAAGACCAGAGGGAUGAGGGCCAUGCAACCUUCUCCCUCUUUGCUCCCCUUUUCUUUCUGUCCCUCCUACACACUUUUUUCUUCAUUGUAAGUCUUAAUUCUGGGAAAAUAAAUAUUUGAGACGUGAAAUAUCUACCUGCCCAAUUUAAAAUCAAGAGAUUCAUAGACUAAACAAAGAUGCAGGUUAAAGCUGCAAUACCCAUUAUUUUUAAUGGAAUCUCUGGUCCCCACCCUGGUAACAGCUACUCAUUUCCUCUGCACGUGUCUGAGCUCAAACCUCCAGAUUCAUUCAAAUGAACAAAAAAAUAAAAAAAAGCCACUGGGAUAUAUAAUGGGGAUGCUAAAGGGAAAGACUCAUUAACGUUCAUCAAAGCAAUGGACCUUGGCUCCAGCUUUUAUAAAUCUCAAGACAGUUUCAUAAACUGGAUGACCAGCCUCCAUAAAAUGGACAUUGCAGCUUUAAGGCAAAGGUGAGCAGAGGGUUCUGCAAUCCAACAAGAUACUGUACAUAUGCCUUAUGUAACUACUUUCUCUUUACAUUUAGUAAUAAAGACAGCAUGUACAAAAGUACUGUAGUAAAGAACUUCUAAAUAAUGUACAUAGAUGUGUAAUUAACAUAGGUUUAGAAACAGAAUUCUAGAAAUGUUGGGAUGCAAAAACAAACUACCCAUUAAGUAGGCAUUUCUGUUCUAAUAUUUGGAGUGUAUUAUUGAUUUUCUCCCCCUAUAUCUAUGGCUCUUCUAGUGCAUGACAACUUCUUAAGUGUACCAGACUGGCAGCUAUUUAGAGAACCUCACUGUUUCCCAAGCAGAUCAUUUUACUGACUCUAAAAAGCCAUAAGUCUGGGAGAGGGCAGGGUAUAGAAAUUGUAACAUAAUUACUGAUAUACUGUGAAAUUGUUUACAAAUAAGGUAAACUACUCCUGGUUAUUUCUUUGGCAGUUCAACCUAAAUUUAGACUGCUGCAAACUCACGGCAAACAAGAGUGUCCUGUGUACUCUUAGUAUAAUAAGCAUGUUUCAUGUUGAGGUGUUACCCUUUAUGUGAAAUACGUAAGAAAACUUCUCCCUUCUCCCCACCUAAAAACAACUGGGUUAAAACUAUGUAGUUUGCUACAUAAAUAGCACAAGCCAUUGAAAACUGAAUGUUGCAUCACGGUAAGUAAAUUUUAUCUAUUCCACUGGGAAAGAAAUAGCUGAAUUUCACCUGAAGCUGUAAUCAGUGAAAUUCAUUUGUUAGCAACACUGGUACUUUGUUGGUCCUGAAGAGUCACAAAACAUAUGACAUCCCUGGGUAUGCUUCAGCCGGGUUUCUCAGCUAAACACAUGGUUCCUGCCACCUUUACUCAGGAGAGUGGUUUCCUAACCAUUUUCUUUACCUUAGGUUAGCUCCUCAGCUGCUGUAAAUCAUCAUAAAUCCUGUAAAUCACAACGUAACAACUUUGAAAUAAACAGGACAGUGAUAGUUUACAGAGCUUACACAGCAAAACUCACAUUAGUAGGGGAGCAGAUCUGUGCUGUAAUAAUUUCACAGCCAUGCUCUGCACGGGGCUGCUCACACAGCACAGCACUGCCCAGCGUGAAGGUCUGCUCGGUCAGGCCCAGCGUGCAGAAAAUACUACCUGUUCAAAAGUGAUUGCAUUGCUCACACUGGGGAGGGCUGUUCACAGUGGGCCCAUCAGGAACAGCACUUCCAUCAGCGAAGGAGAACAAGCUGCAACCUUAAUUUUGUUUUAUACCUGUUCUGGAAAGGAAGAGCACACUGAAGAGAAUCCAACGUAUUUUUGUAUGUAAACAUUUACAUUAAAAUAGAAGAGGAAAAAAAAAAAAAACCCAGGAGACACUACUUAGUGGGCAGGUGGAAGUUUUGCACUGUGAUAUAGCUUUCACAUUAAUUUCACACCUGUUUUCUAUUUUUUGCUGAAACAACAGCCCCUUUCUAAUUUUCACGGAGUGUGGCUGAUCAGAGGGGGUUUUGCAAGUCCUCUAGCCAUGCUGAAUGUGGUGGCGGGAAGAGUAGGGUGUGGGGGAAAAGGUUUGCACACCAGGGGCUGACAGAUCGAACUGGCUCAAAGGUGUCUUCUGCUUCAGCUCUGCACACUUUUCUGAAAGGCUUUCACAACACAGCAUGAAGUAAGUAGUGGUGCAGAAUAUGGAUUUUGGUUCCUUCCGCCAGGAUGACCGAUUUUAGCAGCUAAGCAAAGAUUACCUACACUUAACUUCUCUGAAACAAAAUUCAUUCGGCUACGGACCUUUGAAAACAGCCUGGUAUUCUUGGUCUUCUGCCACAGCAUCAGAGGUGGCCGAGUACUUCACUUCAUAUACCACAACAUAUCCAUGAGGCUACUCGCAAGACCCAAAGGGGUGAGGAGCCCUUCUUAAGGGAAGGGUCACUCCAGAGCUCCUCAGGAUGGUAGAGCUUUAUACUAGAGAGCCCACAGGCACUGCUCGGUCAGGAGCAGAGCGGCCCGUGUGUGCCGGUCUGUCAUCCUAGCAAAAAGCGCGGGAGCUGAAAGCAAAACGUUCCUCUGAGGAUAAAAGUGCUUUUGGCUCUUGCCAUUUCCUGGGCCACUCUAUAAUUCAUUGCUGCAGUUUAACAAAAGUUGACAUUAACGAAAGUAGCAGCUCAGGGCCCUAAACUUUUUUGUGUCCUUUAGCACAAAAAAAUAGACUUUACGCCAAUGGGGCAUGUGCAUGUGUAAGCUAUAUUUUUGUGAAUAGGGCACUUAAAGCUUAAGGUGUGCGUGUGUUUGUCUCUUUCUUUCUCUCUCCCCUUGUAUUUUAUUGCCUUUAGUAUUAAUGUAGUACAGAUUGUAAAGUUUAUGAAAUCUCCUUUUUUGUAACAUAAGCUUAAAAAAAAUAGAAGCCUCCAGAGCUUUCAACAGGAAGCUUCACAUAAACUUUGUACUAGAAUGUCCCUAUCAAACACCUCUAUUUUUCUACAAUGAUUGAUUAAGCAGUUUAACAAUGUAUUUUGUGUCAAUGAUUUCACCUGAACUGGUAAAAAGACAAUUAAGAAUUGAAUGCUGUUAAUUAACAAUGGAUUUUCAAGACGUA